AUGGGAAAUACAACUACCAAAUUCCGUAAAGCACUCAUCAAUGGUGAUGAAAACCUGGCCUGCCAAAUAUAUGAAAACAACCCUCAGCUAAAAGAAUCCCUUGAUCCUAAUACAUCUUAUGGGGAACCCUAUCAGCACAAUACUCCAUUACACUAUGCUGCUAGACAUGGAAUGAAUAGAAUAUUAGGGACUUUUCUUUUUGGUAGAGAUGGAAAUCCAAAUAAACGGAAUGUGCACAAUGAAACAUCUAUGCAUUUGUUGUGUAUGGGACCUCAAAUUAUGAUAUCUGAAGGAGCCCUUCAUCCUCGUUUAGCACGCCCCAUGGAAGAUGAUUUCAGAAGAGCAGAUUGUCUGCAGAUGAUCUUAAGAUGGAAAGGAGCAAAACUUGACCAAGGCGAAUAUGAGAGAGCAGCUAUUGAUGCUGUCGAUAACAAAAAAAACACACCCCUGCACUAUGCUGCUGCCUCAGGGAUGAAAACCUGUGUAGAGCUUUUAGUAAAACAUGGAGGAGACUUGUUUGCUGAGAAUGAAAAUAAAGAUACUCCUUGUGAUUGUGCUGAAAAGCAACACCACAAAGAUUUGGCUCUUAAUCUGGAAUCCCAAAUGGUAUUCUCACGAGAUCCUGAAGCUGAAGAAAUAGAAGCUGAGUAUGCUGCAUUAGACAAACGAGAGCCAUAUGAAGGAUUAAGGCCUCAGGAUCUUCGAAGAUUGAAGGAUAUGCUUAUUGUGGAAACUGCAGACAUGCUCCAGGCUCCAUUGUUUACUGCGGAAGCUUUACUUCGAGCUCAUGAUUGGGACAGGGAGAAAUUACUUGAAGCUUGGAUGUCCAACCCAGAGAAUUGCUGCCAACGAUCAGGUGUGCAAAUGCCAACUCCACCACCAAGUGGGUGUAAUGCCUGGGACACGCUCCCUUCUCCAAGAACUCCAAGGACUACACGUUCUUCCGUCACCUCUCCAGAUGAAAUAAGUUUGUCUCCUGGGGAUCUGGACACCAGUUUGUGUGACAUUUGUAUGUGCAGUAUUUCUGUAUUUGAAGACCCAGUGGAUAUGCCCUGUGGACAUGAUUUCUGUAGAGGAUGUUGGGAGUCGUUUUUGAAUCUGAAAAUUCAAGAAGGUGAAGCCCAUAAUAUUUUCUGCCCUGCGUAUGAUUGCUUCCAACUUGUACCUGUGGAUAUCAUAGAAAGUAUAGUUUCUAAGGAGAUGGACAAACGAUACCUACAGUUUGAUAUUAAGGCCUUUGUUGAAAAUAAUCCUGCCAUUAAAUGGUGUCCUACUCCAGGCUGUGAAAGAGCAGUCAGACUAACAAAACAAGGGUCAAAUGCAUCUGGGUCUGAUACACUCAGCUUCCCCUUGCUCAGAGCUCCUGCUGUGGACUGUGGAAAAGGACACCUCUUCUGCUGGGAGUGCCUUGGUGAAGCACAUGAGCCUUGUGACUGCCAAACAUGGAAAAAUUGGCUACAAAAGAUAACUGAAAUGAAACCAGAAGAACUUGUGGGCGUUAGUGAAGCUUAUGAGGAUGCUGCCAACUGUCUCUGGUUGUUAACUAACUCCAAGCCUUGUGCUAACUGUAAAUCUCCAAUACAGAAGAAUGAGGGGUGCAAUCACAUGCAGUGUGCUAAGUGCAAGUAUGACUUUUGCUGGAUUUGCCUAGAAGAAUGGAAAAAGCAUAGUUCCUCCACGGGUGGUUAUUACAGAUGUACUCGCUAUGAAGUCAUUCAGCAUGUGGAAGAGCAAUCCAAGGAAAUGACUGUGGAGGCUGAGAAAAAACACAAACGGUUUCAGGAACUUGACAGAUUUAUGCACUAUUACACAAGAUUUAAAAACCAUGAGCAUAGCUAUCAGUUAGAACAACGCCUUCUUAAAACAGCUAAAGAAAAGAUGGAACAAUUGAGUAGAGCUCUCAAAGAAACUGAAGGAGGCUGUCCAGAUACCACUUUCAUUGAAGAUGCAGUUCAUGUGCUCUUAAAGACUCGGCGUAUCCUCAAGUGUUCUUAUCCCUAUGGAUUCUUCUUAGAACCUAAAAGCACAAAGAAAGAAAUUUUUGAACUCAUGCAAACAGAUCUAGAAAUGGUCACUGAAGACCUUGCCCAAAAAGUCAAUAGGCCUUACCUUCGCACACCCCGCCACAAGAUCAUCAAGGCGGCAUGCCUUGUGCAGCAGAAGAGGCAGGAAUUCCUGGCUUCUGUGGCUCGGGGAGUUGCUCCUGCAGACUCACCUGAAGCUCCCAGGCGCAGCUUUGCUGGUGGAACAUGGGAUUGGGAAUAUUUAGGAUUUGCAUCACCUGAGGAAUAUGCUGAAUUUCAGUAUCGGAGGAGGCACAGACAGCAGCGCCGGCGAGGAGACCUGCACAGUCUGCUCAGUAACCCUCCAGACCCUGAUGAGCCCAGUGAAAGCACUUUAGAUCUCCCAGAAGGCGGCAGUGGCCGCAGGCCGGGCACGUCCGUGGUCAGCUCUGCAUCCAUGAGUGUGCUACACAGCUCUUCCUUGCGCGACUACACCCCUGCCAGUCGCUCUGAGAACCAAGACUCUCUUCAGGCUCUGAGUUCCUUGGAUGAAGAUGAUCCUAAUAUACUUCUCGCAAUCCAGUUAUCAUUGCAAGAAUCGGGUCUGGCCAUCGAUGAAGGAAACAGAGACUUCCUCAGUGGCGACACUUCCAUAGGGGCAAUAGGCACUUCUCUACCCUCCAGGCUGGACUCCGGCCCCAGGAACACAGAUAGCCCUGCGGCUGCAUUGAGCAGCUCCGAACUAUUGGAACUUGGUGACAGCCUCUUGAGAUUAGGAGCAGAAAGUGACUCAUUUUCAACUGACACCCUGAGUUCACACCCUCUCAGUGAGGCAAGAAAUGAAUUGUAUCCCUCAUCCAGUGACCCUGACUCAGCUGGCCAGGAUGCCAACAUCAGUGACAAUCUUCUGGGCAAUAUCAUGGCUUGGUUUCACGACAUGAACCCUCAGAGUAUUGUCCUGAUUCCUCCAGCACCUACAGAAAGCAGUGCAGAUUCCCAGCCCCCCUGUGGCGGAGAUGGGUCAGAAGGCGGGAGGGAUGUGGAACUGGUGCCGCCGGAAGAAGACCCAGUGUUUGAAGAUGCUGUGGUCAGUGAAGGUAGAGGAACCCAAAGAGAAGAAGAAAGCCCUUUGGAAGAGAAUAUUCUGGCUGAGGAAGCAGCAUCUCAAGCUGGUGAAAGUGGUACUGAGGCAACCAGCAAGGAAGCUGGAUCAGAUGUCUCGAGCCAAACACCUCAAACCUCAAGUGACUGGCUGGAACAAGGACACUUAGUGUGA